CCUCCCUCUCUCUCAUUCCCUCGUUCGUUCUAUUUAUCCCACCAAUUUUCCCUAGAAACUCAAAACCCUAACCCUACCAAGACAAAGCAAGAAAACCUCCAAACCCCCAUUUUCAAGAUGCUGGAACUCCGUUUAGUGCAAGGUUCUCUGCUGAAGAAGGUUCUAGAAGCAAUCAGGGAGCUCGUGAACGAUGCGAACUUCGAUUGCUCCGCGACUGGGUUCUCACUCCAGGCCAUGGACUCGAGCCACGUUGCUCUCGUGGCGCUCCUACUGCGGUCCGAAGGGUUCGAGCACUACCGGUGCGACCGUAACAUCUCGAUGGGGAUGAAUCUCAACAACAUGGCCAAGAUGUUACGGUGCGCCGGAAAUGAUGACAUCAUCACCGUCAAGGGCGAUGACGGCAGCGACACCGUCACUUUCAUGUUCGAGAGCCCAACACAAGAUAAAAUUUCUGAUUUUGAGAUGAAGUUGAUGGAUAUCGACAGUGAGCACCUUGGAAUUCCUGAGGCAGAGUACCAUGCCAUUGUUAGAAUGCCGUCUGCUGAGUUUGCUAGGAUUUGCAAAGAUCUUAGCAGCAUUGGUGACACUGUUGUCAUUUCUGUUACUAAGGAAGGUGUAAAGUUUUCCACAAAGGGUGAUAUUGGAACUGCAAACAUAGUCUGCAGGCAGAACUCUUCUGUGGACAAGCCUGAAGAAGCCACUACUGUAGAGAUGAAUGAGCCUGUAUCCUUGACAUUUGCAUUGCGGUACAUGAACUCUUUCACAAAGGCAACUCCAUUGUCUAACCAAGUUACCAUCAGUCUUUCAAAUGAGCUUCCAGUUGUGGUUGAAUACAAGAUUGCUGAGAUGGGUUAUGUCCGCUUCUAUUUGGCUCCCAAGAUAGAAGAGGAAGAAGAGGAGACAAAACCUGAAGUUUAGGUGUUGGAUUGACUCUAUUGGGUCUUUAAUUCGGUUGUAGUAUGCCUUGAUACAUCUUGUUGAAGAUAUUUUUACCCUUGUUGAAGAUAUUCUUACAAGCAUCUUCAAUUUGAUCAAGAAUAGCCUUCCUCUCGUUACCAUUGGCAUUCUCUAAGCUAAUCACUGGGAAGUUCUCCAUCUCUCUCUUUCUCUUUUGUAUCACUGUGUGUUUCGUUAAUUAAUAUGUUUUGAGUAUACAGAAUGGGAAAGGAGAGUGCUAUUUAUAGGAAUUAUUCUAGGUAGUUAAAUUAGUUUUAUGGUGAUGAUAUGCCUAAAUUUUCAUAAACUGCAUGCAUGCUUGCUUUUCAAUUAGGCUUGUUGAGACUUUUAAUGGUUAUAUCAAAUAUCAUAUGCUAAGUUGCGUCGUUGAA